GCGAGGGCCACCACCUGCAGCACAUCAGCGACCGCGAGAUGCCCGAAGACUUAGCUUUGGAAACAAACCCUUCUGACCACCCUAGAGCAAGCACAAUUUUCCUCAGCAAAUCACAAACUGAUGUGCGAGAAAAGCGGAAGAGCAACCAUUUAAACCAUGUAUCUCCAGGGCAGCUUACUAAAAAGUAUAGCUCAUGUUCAACAAUAUUCCUGGACGACAGCACCGUCAGCCAGCCCAACCUUAGAACCACAAUCAAGUGUGUGACGUUAGCGAUAUACUACCACAUAAAGAACAGAGACUCAAAUAGAUCCUUGGACAUCUUUGAUGAGCGAUCACAUCCACUCACGCAAGAAAAGGUUCCAGAGGAAUACUUUAAGCAUGACCCUGAGCACAAAUUCAUUUACAGAUUCGUCCGCACUCUCUUCAGUGCAGCGCAGCUAACCGCUGAGUGUGCAAUAGUGACUUUGGUUUACCUUGAGAGGCUCUUGACAUAUGCAGAGAUUGACAUCUGCCCCACGAACUGGAAGAGAAUCGUGCUGGGGGCCAUUCUUCUGGCCUCCAAGGUUUGGGACGACCAGGCUGUCUGGAAUGUGGACUACUGCCAGAUCCUCAAGGACAUCACAGUGGAGGACAUGAAUGAGAUGGAAAGGCACUUUCUGGAGCUUCUUCAGUUUAACAUCAAUGUUCCCUCCAGUGUGUAUGCCAAAUACUACUUCGACCUUCGCUCCUUGGGAGAUGACAACAACCUCAACUUUCUGUUUGCUCCUCUGAGCAAGGAGAGAGCCCAGAACCUCGAGGCCAUCUCCAGAUUAUGUGAAAACAAAGACUUAUGUAGAGCUUCUAUGAGGAGGUCCUUCAGCGCCGACAAUUUCAUCGGCAUUCAGCGAUCGAACGCCAUCCUCUCCUAAGAGAGAAAUAGGGCAGGUCCUUUCCUCAUGAGCCCCACGUCUCCAGGGCUGGAGAACAGCACCUCUCUGGCUCAAAACCACCGAUGUUAGUAUUUUCUUCUAAAAGAAAGAUACUGAUCUCAGGAGACAUUUGUCUUCUUAAAGGGAGGACAGUCUGGGUUGAUAACAGCACAGAGCUUCAUCUGCAAGGACCAGAGAAUGUUGCCUCUCCUGAAAAAGGCCAAGAGACAGACAGACAGCAUGGAUGCCGCUCGGAAGAGAGAUGGGGACACUCUACUGUCCUUUUAAUGUCAGCAGUUACUAAGGCCACUCCAAAGCAAAAGCUCUUAAUCUACAGUUAUUUGCUUACUAUGUAGGCUAAUAGCUGUAAAACAGGUUUUUUUAAUAAAUAGUUUAAAUUUUUAGAUUUUAAAGACUAUAUAACUUUGCUUUUUCCUGUUGUUUCUUGCCCCUUUCUCAACAUUACUGCGUAGGCCCUUCAAAUCAGUGCAGUAUUAUCCAUCUUCGAAACUCUCUGACUCCUAACAGCACCGUGGAACAGACUGUCACACUGCUCGGUAUGGAAGACAGCGUCCCCUCAGGUUAUCAGUGACCCUGAUAGUCAUUGUUAUUGUUGGCGAUCAACCUACCGAAAAGCUGCUGAGUGACACUGGCCAUCAGCUGUUUUGCAAACACAACUUGCUAGCUCACUAACCUAUUUGGGUCAGAAACAGGAAGUUCCCUUCUUGUCUACUGCUGGUGACUCCCUGCUGAAUUCCUCUUGUCUUUGCUCUGUUGUGCAGUGCCAGGGAUCAAACCUGGGUCCCAGGAGGAGGAUGUGCAAGCACUUUACUCUGAGCCACAUCCUCAGUCCCAUAUAAAAUAUUUUGAGUUUUUAAUAGGCUAAAUUAAUAGACUUUAAAGACACUAAUCACACCUAUUCUGUCUUUCCUCUCUUCCCUCUUUCUUCCCUUAUGCUGCAUAUGCCCUAGAAUCGCUGCAGUAUUAGCUGCUGUUGGAUCCUGGAUUCUUGACUACUUUGCACUCGCACUAGGAGCCGACAGCAGAGCAUGGCUACUGAAGGCUCUUUAGGGUACUGUGGUGUUGGAGCUGUGGUAACUGCUGGCAAUCGGUUUAUUAUUGUUCCAGCAGAUAGAUCUUGGGUUUCUUUUGAUUGUUUUCUUGAAAUAUGGGUUUCUAGAAGGUGAAUUCUAUGCUCUUAUUUUUGCUUUGACAUGCCCAGUUUGGUUGAAGUGACUAGUUUUACAUCUUAAUAAACGUUGCCAAGUUUUUCAUAAAUUAUAACAAGAACUAACUUUUCCCCUAAAGGGCUGACUAGUAAGUGCCAUAGUUUCCGGGAAGCUCCACCUGUCUUACCUCUGCUACCACUGUUGGAGAACAAGCUUGAGCAGACCCGGGUUCAGUCCCUGGCAUCCCAUAUGGUCCCCCAAACCUGCCAGGAGUGAUUUCUGAGGGCAGAGCUAGGAGUAACUCCUGAGCAUCGCCAGGUGUGACCCAAAAAGAAACAAAAAAUUUACUUGCAAAAUCAGGAAGUGGCUGGAUGGUUCUGCAAGCUGAAGUGUCUCACUGUUGCUUUUACUGCUAUGGCCAUAACUCAGGUUCCCAAAACUUUAUGGGAAGGUACAGAAAUCAUUUCUGAUACUUAUGAAAUCCCUGUUCAGACCAGACUGUAUUCGACAUCUUACCAGAUAACAUACUUGGCUUCAUGGUGGUGAUCAUUUAAGCUAAAAGCCUGCCAAGUAAUACAUUCAGAUUCUUUCAAGUGCACUUAGCACAUCAGCAUGUCUAGGAACACACGGAGCAUUGGUCAUUGAUGAUCCACUCUCAUUGGGUCUACGCUGAGGACAUGAUGCUGUCUACCUUGUCUACCUUGACUACUAUGACGGUGCGUCUCUUCCUGGUCACGAUUCCUUUUUCAUGUUGCUAUUACAAGGAAAGGAAUUCUAGGCAUACUGAGAGUCAGAAUGUGAGGUUAGGAUUUCAAGCAAUUAGAAAGAAGACAGAAGAACAGGAACUAGAAUUGCUAUUGCCUUCAAAGAGAGUAGCCUUUUUUGAAUGGUAUGUGAAUUUAUUAGGUUAUUCUAAUAUUAAGUGUUACUUGGCUUUAUAAGAAACUAAAUAUUUGCUCUUUAAUUCCUUAUUUCUGAACACAUGCAUAUCUAUAAGGGGACCAUUUUAAAAUGUUCUUUUCCAACUUAAUACUUUGGUUAGAACUAAACCAAAUUUCUGGAUGGUUCCUUAAAACUAUGACCCUAGUCUCUGAGCUUGAGCAAUAUUCAACAAAUUCUCCCAGUAUUGCUAUGUUUUAAUGCACUUUUGUUCAUUAUCUUUGUCAAGUAUAUUAAGAGAAUUUUAGGGGCUGGAAAGUUAGCGUGGAGGUACAGCAUUUGUCUUGCAUGCAAAAAUAUGGUGGUUCAAAUCCUGGAAUCCCAUAUGGUCCCCGAGCCUGCCAGGAGUGAUUUCUGAGCAGAGAGCCAGGAGUAACCCCUGGAGUUACCUGGUGUGACCCAGUGGUCAUCCAGCAAUAAGUGGAUAGUGAGAUACAGGUCCCCCGAAGUGCUUUGAAACUUGAAUCUGAGUAUGCUCAGGCUGUCCCUUCAGUAUGUUGCUGCAGAAGUACAAAUGCUUGCACAAGCAGAACACAGUUGAAAAUUUCAAUUUCUUUUAAACUUAUAGUGUUCAGUGGGGUUUAUGUGAAGGAGACUGACAUUUGAUCCCUGGCACUGCAUUGGUCCCCUGAACAUGCGAAAAGUAAUCCCUGAGCGCCUUCAGGUAUGACCCCAAAAACAAACCAAAAAACUUUUUUUUUUUUUUUAAGUUUCUAGUUCCUUUGGGAUUUGUGGUAUGUUCACAGAUAAAUAGCUUCUUUUUUGAAAAUAGUUCGUGUUUACCUAUUUGAAUCACUAGGGUAUUCUUUAUAAACUAGAGAAAGGAACAUGGGGCUGAUCUGAGCCACACUUUUUCCUCUGCAUACUCCAGUUUUAUGUCCUUCCUUAUAACUUGGAAGUGCAAGACUGACAGUAUCCAGCUUAACUUGAUGUUUUAAAAAGAGCAGUGAACAAAAAUUGAAUUAUUUAAUUUUUUAAAUUUUAAUAGAAAUGAAAGCUUUGUGUUCUCAUCAGUGGACAACUCAGAGCCUAGAUAUUUCUCUCCAGCCAGAAGGCUUCAGAUGAAGUGCUACAAGUUCCAUCAUUCAGAAGGGACAGAUGACAACAGUGUAUAAAAUAUUACAAUCUACCACCUCAAAAACAUUGUUCCUGGAGUCCGGAGCUUGGAGAUGAUCCCAGUAUGGAUUGCAGUUUUACUUUCAAACAAAUGCUACCACUUUAAUUGGGCUUUUCUCCCUCGUGUUUAUAUUAAAAGAAAAACUAAUAAAACUCUAUUUUAAUUACAA